UAUCAACGUUCUUCAUUCGUUCGUACGCUUUUAGCCUGUUCGCCGCGUUUUAUGCGUCGUGUGGUUUAGCCGUUGCUGUAACAGCUGUCACCGCUACCCGUGGUAUUUGUUUUACGUUGUACUGACUUCAAUUUCGUUCUGAAAGCGAAAGACGAUGGUCACAAAUUUCUUGUACUAAAUAAGCAAGAAACGUACGUCAGUCAACUAGCAAUAACUAUUGCCAGAUAUAUACCCGAGUUGUUGUGAAAAAUAUACAAAAGCAAAAUAAAACAAAAAAAAAUUCAUAAGAGAAUUUUUAAGGCGGUUAUGCUAAUAUACCACCAUUAUAUAACAACAACUACAACUACAAAUUGAAAUAUCUUAAAACCAACGUUGGCACACAGUCAACAUCAUUCCACCACACAACCUGCAACGCAAAGAAUAUAUUGCGCUCAAAAAUCAAAUUCGGAAAUCGUGAAAAAAAUUCAUACAAAGUUUUGUCCUUAUUGCGUUUCUAGCCAGUUAAUAAUUAAAUUUGAAAAUAAAAAAUAAAAGUGAAAAUUUUUUUUAAUUGUCUAAUUUUGAACAAUCCAACAAUAAACAGCAAAAGUGCCAAUAACAAUUUCGUGCUUUUCCUGUAUGCAAACAAAUAAUGAAAAUAUAUCCUCGGCGAUAUUAAUGUGUACUUUCUCAACUGGAACUGGAAGCGUACGCCUAUAAUUAAGCACUUUUAUUUACGGUGAAAAUUCCAAACAAAAGCGCAAUAGUCGAAAUACAAAUUUUUCGACUAAUUGCAAAAACUAAUCAACUAAUAACAAAAAAUAUCGUGAAAGUUGUUGAAGUGUGCAGAAAUUCAGUGAAUAGUACUACAUUCAUCGAAAGCAAUUACAAUUUGUGCACAACUAAAUAUUUGAAACGUGAUUUACCAAUAAUUUCUGUACGACAGUACCAGCCUAAUUAGCCGGCGAAGUCAGCAGCAGCGAAAAAAAAUCCAAAAAGCUGUGAGCAAUUGUUGUCAUGCAUAGAGUUGAAAACAAUAACGAAUCAUUAAAAAUCAGGAAAAUUCGCAACUUUGCAAAUAAUAAACAAAAGAAGAAACUCAGUGUAAAUAUACUUUUAUUGCACAAUUUGUGUAAAAGUUUUUGUGCGCAAAGUGUAAAUGUGAAUAAUAAACAAAAAAUAUUAAAAUCACUAAACGCGUGUGACAAUAUUGUAAGCAAACAACUCACAAGAAUAUUUACGGCAACAAGUCCAUUAGAAAAAAUCGACUUGAAUUUUAUUGUUUUAUUACCUGCUAUUUUGAGCACUGAGUGAGAUCUUGAAAAGCAAAGAAGCAGCAAUAGCGCUUGGAAUAUAAAACUACGAAAAAUAGUUGAAUAAAGGAAAACAAGCGAAGAACCGCUACGUCCACCUCAACCAAGACUAUUUUCAACAACAACAAAUUCCAAUAGAGCCUUUUUUGUUGAGCUGAACAAGCACAUAAGGCAAGGCGGCUAAGCAAGCCAAAAUUCUAGAAGGAAACACAUAGCAACGAAACUACCUUACACAUUGUGCGGUAGGCAAAAACUCAGUCAGACAAGACUACGCCAGAGAAGGUCAAAGUGACAGUAAACGGGAUUAGAGUGUUUAAUCGCUUCCUGUCGUCCAAGCAACGCGUACUAUUUUUUUUUAAUUGUUAACCGUUUGACGAGUGCAAAAGGCGCGAAAGAACAUUUCGUCUUGAAAGAAUAAGUGUAUUGACUAAAUAAAAAAAUUGUAAUAUUUUACGCCUAUUUGGUUGAUACGUGUGAGAAAGUGUACUUUUUGCGCGAAAUUUAAAAACCACUUGACACGGUGGAUAAUAUUUGAAAGGAAAAUCAAACCACUAAGUUUCCAACAACUUAACUGUCAUACACUACUAAUAACUUUUUACUAUAAAAAGGAUUUCCACAACAAUUGAGCAAAGCUCACUUACUUGCUUUACAAAUCGUAAGUCAACAUUUUCUACCUCCAAAGUGUAUUCGACAAGCAGUACAAUUCUACCGCAACGAGUAAUCGUACAAGAAAAUUUCGACACCAUUUUUGAUUUUGACCCAUUUGAAAACGACUCAAAAAUGGCCAAAACUUGCAUCCCAUUUGGUUCCUCACCCAUUUUGGGUAGCAUCUACCUGGGCGAUCACUCCGAGGACUACUCCAUCAUACGCCCCGAUCCCUGUGAAUUAUUCGAGGAUCUACUACCCGAUUGGGGUCAUUCCAUUUAUGGUGACAUACAAAAAAUGGACAAUGGCAAUGAUUUGCCCAUCAGCGGUACACCCGACUACAGUUCGUACAAGAACGAAAUACGCAAUGGCGAUUGCAUGUGGUCCGGACAAUCACAGACCGAGUUGAGCACAUCGGCCACAUCGACCGGCAGUGACUUGGCUGUGAGACGCGCUGUACCAUUGUCGGCCGUCACCGCCAAGCCCGCACAAUUGCCACCAGCACCAACUGUUGUUGUAGCCAACAAUAAUAAACACAAAAUGCAGACCGCUCAAAAGCCAACACAACAACAGCAAUAUGUUGAGGUGAAGCGGGAAAUCAAAAUGGAACCGAGCGAUGAUUAUGAGAAACAAUUGCAACAACAUAGUAUACCAAAUGUACGCAAUGCCACAACAGCACAACAACAACAGUCGUCCACACAAAGUAUGCAACAUAUACCGCCUGGUACGUCGCUGCUGCGUAAAUCCAAUGUUCCGCAACAACAGCAGCAACAACAACAACAACAGCGCAAAUUGCAGAAACACCAACAAUUGCAACAUAAGCUCUCCACAUUACAUUUGUCGGGCAGCAGCACCACCACCAACAACAACAAUAAAUUGAACAACACCAACAGCGGUGUUGUAACAUCAUUCGACACCAUGGCCUAUGAGCUGCCGGAGACCCCACCAUCUUUGGAUGACGAAGCCACCGAUUUCAAACAGACCAACAUCGAUUUGCGCGCCUGCAUGAUGGGCAGCAAUAAUAUAUCCUUGAAUGCUGGCAUCAUCGAUAACAUAAGCAAAGAACUGCAGGACACGAGUAAGGAUAAAAUCAAUACACGUCUCACCUCCGAUCAUCCCGACUUACAUGAAGUGCUCGAUAUUAUAAGGCGUGAUGAGCAUAAAUCCGUUAUGUACUCGAGUAAAAUGGCCAUCUCUUCCGAUUGUGAAUCGGAUGAGGAUGAGGAGAGCACCGCCAAUUCCGGUUAUGGUUCGGCGUCGUCAAUACUGGACGGCGAACUGUCAUACGGACGCACAUCGCCGGUACCCAGUCAAGCAUCCAGCCAAACGAGUAUGAGUCUACACACCACACAAGCACACUGUCACAGCGAUCACAGCUAUACGCGCUGCAAGGAAGGCAUGGACGAUUUGUCGAGUUCGGCGUUUACACCCUCCGAUUCCGAUGAAGAAAUCGACGUUGUAUCCGUUAGUGAUAAGAAGUUGCCCACAAAUCCUUCAGAUCGUGAUCGUCGCGCCAUCGAACACAAAGUCGGCUAUCGGUUCUCCACCGCGCGCAUUGUCAAGAACCCCAACGGCAUACGCACCAUACCGCCACGUCGUCACGGCGCUUACACGCUACCUUGCUCGCCGGCCAGCAGUAGUCCCGUGAAGUCAGUCGCCACCUCACGCUAUACCUCACCAUCGGCUACACCCUAUCACACCGCCACCUAUGCCAAUAAAUAUAUGCAACAACAACAAGGUAACAUAAUCGGCGCUGAUAAUCGUAUGAUCGGCGAUAAGUCGCGCAAACGCCUCACUGUACACGGUGGUAGCAGCAUCAGCGCUGACGUCACACGCGAUCUGGAUUACACAUUGCCGCCAAGCAAGAAACAUCGCGGCAAGAAGUCGUCGUCCUCCUCCAAGCAUGCUGGCCAUCACAGCAGCGCAUUGCAUAGCGCCAGCGCUGACGAUAGCGUGCGCCGUCAUUUCAGUCUGGACGAGAGCGCCGACACCAUUGAGAAGCGCAAUUUGCAUAAUGAUAUGGAGCGACAACGUCGCAUUGGGCUAAAGAAUCUUUUCGAGGAGUUGAAGAAACAGAUACCCAGCAUCAAGGAUAAGGAGCGCGCGCCCAAGGUGAACAUCUUGCGCGAGGCGGCCAAAUUGUGCGAAUCGCUGACACGCGAAAACCAACAGCUCUGCGAUACGAAGGAGGUGCUCAGGGAGCAGAUGCGUAAGCGGCAAGAGCAUUUGGCACGUUUGCGUAAUCUGAUGCGUGAUUGAUAGCCGUUCAGGGGCGUGCGGCCGCGCUGUGCGCAGCCGGCGGGCGGUGGUGGCGUGAACGCUGAAGACGGUCAAGAUUUUUCGAGCGCAGCUGGCGGUGAGAUGGAUGUGGUAGACGAAGUGUGUGUGCGCAAGGUGCAACGACGGCGCCAGCAGCGACGCACAGCACGCAGCGGCAGAUCGUUGUCGUCUAUUGCACAGUGGUAAAAUGCUUGUAAAAAUGUAAAAAUCAAAAAACUAAAUAUGUUGAAAUGUGAAUACCUACGUUAGCAUGAUAGUUUGUGAAAAGAAAAGUUUGUAAAAUAUUUGAAACGACAUAGAAACAAGCGCAAGCGACGCGCGCUACCGCAAAGCAUGAAAUACACAGCUGGCGCGUUUCAAGUGAGAGAGAGAGCGAAAGAGAGGUAGUAGCGCGCUGUAAUUUAAAGUAAUUUAAAGAAGGUUGAUAUAGUUUUUACUUUUUUUCUAUUUUAAAAUGUAUAAAAAUAUGUUGAUGAUGAUAAAACAAUACACAGACCAUUUACUAUUACUACUAAAAAUAACUUUAUAAAUAACUAAUUAAUAUUGAUUACUUGGUUUUGUUAAAGCGUAGACGAUAAGUUAAACAAAUUUGAAAUAUUGAAUGCAGAGGCAAAAACAAUUUGAUAACAAAAGAGCAGGGGUCUAGCGUACUAGUUACUUGUGUAUAAUAAUAACAACAACUACAACCCGUGCUUGUAAUAACUAAAAUUGAUUUGUUUUCUUAUAUAUGUACAUACAUACUUAUAUAUACGUAUCUAAAUAACAUUUUAUAACUACGGUUUACUUUGAGAAAUAAUACAAGGAUAUAAAGAGAGAGAGAGCGAGAGCGAGAGGGAUAAAGUUGUUUUUUAAGAAAGAAAGCGCAUUUGCCUGUCUGUUUGAGAUUGACUUUGUGUGUCUUUCUUUUUCGAAAUAACUGUAUACUCUCCGCUCGAAUUGCGGCUUUAAGCAUUGCACACACAUAUGUUUAAUAUUUAAUUUUGCUUCCAUUGCAAUGCUUAGCGUUUAGUGUUUUUAAUAUAAUUAUGCUUAUUGCAAUUACUAUGUAUAUAUAUACAAACAUACAUACAUAUUUACUUACAUUUAUACAUUUUAAAUUUUUGUGAUAUCAUUUUUCUUAACCAAAACGAAAAACAAAAACAACAAACAACUUAAAGUUAAAGUUAAAGGGAAAAACAAAACAAACAAAACCAACAAACUAAUGACAUGAACUUGAGCAUGAAGUAAAGAAAUUAUUAACUGGACAAAACGAAAGUAACGCGUCGAAAGCACGUGUAUACAAAAGAAGAACAAGCAUAGAAAAUAUGCUUAGUUAACUAAGAAACCAAUAAUUGCAACGAAUGCGACAACUAAAAACAAAAUGAAGAAAAAGAACUAUGUAUUUUUUUUAACUAAUGAAGCACGACAAGUCUUUGAUGAGCAUAAUAACGAACGGCAAAAACAACAACACAAAACAAAAACAAAGCGUACGAAUAUAGUGGCGGCACACAAAAUGUGGAUGCCACGCCGAAACAGCAACUUGCAACAACUUAAUAAUGAAGCAAUGCAUUUGGUGCUUGCAACUACAGCAACACUGCAAUUGCACUUCUUAUUAAAGCAAAUUGUAUAAAAACAUACAAGCAUAUGUGUCGCAACAUAUGCGCAUAUGUUUUGAAUAAAAAAAUAAUGAGUCUUUUGUUUACAUUAAUUUCAUUUGAUUUAGGCUGCGAUUGGCUGCGAAAAGUAUAAUGUUAAAAGCUGAAAACAAAAUUAAAAAAAAAAAAAUAAAAACAAAAA